CACUCCACGCAGCGACCACCCACGCCGGGAUCCAGUUAGCGCCCUCGCGCGCGCGCGCGAGAGAGAGAGAGAGAGAGAGAGAGAGGCAGAGUGGAAGGAGACUCGGCCAGUUCUUCUAUCCCACCGCUACACAGCUUCUUGUCCUUCGUAGAGUUCUCAUUUUCCGCACCCCAUCAUCAUCACAGCCUCAUUCAAAGCCAAUUAGACCAUGAACCUGCUCUUUUCUUGUUGCUAAGGAGGUGAAAUCGAGCCCGAGGAGUGGACGAGGCGGCACUUCGUUACUAAGAUACAGAAAGAAGGAGAGACAGAGACAAAGAAUGGCACAAACCUCACAGGACCAGGGAGCAGUGGGCAUAACCGACCCAGAUGAGGAUUCUCCGAACAUGAUUGCUUACAGAAAGAUUGAAGACAUCAUCACACGACUUCAGGAUGAAACCGAAGGUGUUCCUGUCAGAACGGUCAAGAGCUUCCUGUCCAAGAUUCCCAGUGUUGUUACAGGUUCAGAUAUUGUUCAGUGGUUGAUGAAGAACCUAAACAUAGAAGAUCCGGUGGAGGCCAUACAUAUUGGUAGCCUGAUCGCAGCCCAAGGCUACAUAUUCCCAAUCUCUGACCAUGUUCUCAACCUCAAGGAUGACGGGACAUUUUAUCGCUUUCAGGCACCAUACUUUUGGCCGUCUAAUUGCUGGGAGCCGGAGAACACAGACUAUGCCAUUUACCUGUGCAAGCGGACCAUGCAGAACAAAACUCGGUUGGAGCUGGCAGACUACGAGGCUGAGAAUCUUGCACGGCUUCAGAGGGCUUUUGCUAGGAAGUGGGAGUUCAUCUUCAUGCAGGCUGAGGCACAGGUCAAGAUCGACAGGAAAAAGGACAAGACGGAGAGAAAGAUUCUGGAUAGUCAGGAAAGAGCCUUUUGGGAUGUUCAUCGCCCCGUGCCAGGAUGUGUCAACACCACAGAGAUGGACAUCAGAAAGUGUCGCCGGCUCAAGAAUCCCGCAAGAGUAAAAAAGUCUGUGUAUGGUGUAGUGGAUGACACGCAUACGCAGAGUCCUGUACACACACCUUCACAACAGAUCAACAAGGACACCAAAGAGGACGUAGAGAAAGAGAUUCUGUUCUUGAACACUCAGUUGGAUCGACACUGUAUGAAAAUGUCCAAAGUGGCUGAGACAUUGAUGAGCUACACGGAUCAGUAUCUCGAGUAUGACCCCUUUUUAUCAGUACCUGACCCAUCCAAUCCCUGGAUCGGCGAUGACGUCACUUUCUGGGAACAAGAGGCCAGUAAGGAACCGUGUCAGCAGCGAGUAAAGAAGUGGGGCUUCUCAUUGGACGAGGCUUUAAAAGACCCAUUGGGCCGUGACCAGUUCCUUAAAUUCCUGGAGUCUGAAUUCAGCUCUGAGAACCUCCUGUACUGGUUGGCCGUGCAGGAUCUGAAGUGCCGCCCUCUGCAGGAAGUGCCAGCUCGUGCCCAGGAGAUCUGGCAGGAGUUUCUUGCAGAGGGAGCUCCCAACGCCAUCAAUCUGGAUUCACACAGUUACGAACGCACCAGUCAGAAUUUAAAAGACCCCGGACGUUACAGCUUUGAAGACGCCCAGGACCACAUUUACAAGCUGAUGAAGAGUGACAGCUACCCUCGUUUCCAGCGCUCCAAUGCUUACCAGGACCUCCUGCUGGCUAGAAAGAAGCCUGAGACUGAUCAAGGCCGUCGUACUUCUCUGGAGAAAUUCACUCGCAGUGUGGGGAAGUCUCUCACAACUAAACGACUGACUGGCCUCAUGCAGUCAACCUGACGAGUCCUGAAGUUCAAGGCGUCCAGCCCCCUCCUGAAAAACUGCAGUUUGUUGGGGUUGGAUCAUUGUGCCCACGAUGGGCCACACGUAUGGACAACCCCCUCUCCAAAACCCACCCAAACAUCGCACAGCUACCGACUCUAGAUGGCAGCAUGCAAUAAGUCCAAAAUAUCUCCAAACUGCGACAGUGUUGUCUGUGUUCAUUAAAUCGGCUGACUGCAAAGACUGCAUAGAUGAAUGUCAGAUUUCCCAGUAACAUCUAGCGCACCAUUAUACAUUUAUUUGACACAUUGACCCAGAAUGCACCAUGGACUGGUCGCUCAUUGCUGGAUGGUCAUUAAAAACCAACACCAGUUCAGCCCCUUUAUUAUCAGAUUUGAAAAUAUUAUUCAGUAUUCAAUGCAUAGUUGAUAGCAUACGCAUAUGGAUGAAGAGAGGGUGUGUGAAAUCUUCGGAGCAUUCCAAAGGAGUGGAGAAAAUGAAAAGGGCUUUCCAUGUCUGUGUUCCCUCGGUUGGCGUCUUUUCAUACUCUCAUCAUAUACUUGUGAAACAGUCGCCAAUAUGGAGUAUGAACGGGAGGUGAUGAGGUUUAACAGCACAGUGUUAUAUUAAUGCUCCUGACAUUUUGGAGAAAGUAUUUUACUGAUGAAGAAUUUAUUCUGUAUUUAUUUUACUCGCCUAUAGCACACAAUGUAAUGCGUCUACCAGGAGAUGUACCUUUUACACUCAGUUUUAUUGAGGAUUAAAUUAUUAGACAUGAGGUAAGGGUAAUGUGACCGGGACAAUAGGAAAGUAUGAGUAUUUCAGAAUGAUUUAUUUAGAGCACAAAGUAUUACUUUUGCACAAAGAUUUAACCAGUGAGAAAUACUGGAGUUCUGCUCAGACAGCGUGUUUCCAUAUCGGCUUUAAAGCACAUUUUUUACCAAACAACCUAAAAUGAUUUACAGGGUUCAUUUCAUUUUGUUGGAGCUUUUUCAGUCAUUUAUAAGUUUUAAAAUCAUUUUAUAGGGAUUGCACAGCAAAGAGCAAUUUUAAAUCAACCAAAUAUUUUCAAGGUAAACUUGAUUAGAAUAAAAAAUCUAUAUCAUCUUUUGUAGGAAUUUAUCUUCUUUUCUAGUUUUCAUUGUAGACUUUUUCAUCACUUUUUAAGAUUUUUAAGUCCUCAGAAUCACAAUCGUCUGAUAUAUUCAGGUUUUUCAUGACUGUGGGAACCCUACAUUUGUAAGUACCUGACAUAACUGUAUGUUUGAGUCCGGUUAACGUUGUCUUGUUUGCCUGCUUUAAUGAAUGGUACUGUAAAUUCAAUGUAGAAUGUAAACGCUUAAUGUGACUCUGCGUCAGUGUAGUGAUGACUGUCAGUGUACGAUCUGACCACAGAUAUAUGGUGAUCAUAUCUUAACAGCAUAUCAUAGCCUAUCAACAGUGGACAACAAUACAGGAUUCUCAUCCAUGAGCAGGACUUCUGAGGAAAGCACAGAUUCUCCAGAUCUGCUUCAGCUCUUUUCCAUUUUCCAUUGCUGCCCCAGUGGGAGUUUAUUUAGCUUGUUUUCUAAAAGCACCAUCACUGCCAGGGGUGCAUUGACAUAAACUGUUUAACAGUAACCGAACACACAAAUUCCCUCUGAUUUUGAUGCAGUGGGGAAGAAAAUGUAAGAACAGAAAAGUGUGUGGUUGCUUUGACAGGUUUCCCCCAAACAUUUUCAGGUAGAAACGGUUUGAUGACUCAAGAAGAAGCUGUGUAGAAUACCGAAAGAUAAAUAUAACUUAAGAGGCACAAGAGCCACAUUCAGCACAAAACUAUGCAUGGAAUAUUUCUAAAGAGUUUUUUUUUUGCCUAGUUUUCUUUUUCAGUGACGAAGAUGGCGGUCAGUAGGGCAAGAAAAUCGAAAGGACCACCGGAUGUCCAGUCAUUCAAUAAACAUUUUGAGUUUGGAGA